GGGAAAUGGAGCGACCAGUUGAUGGUUGCUCACACGGAUUACAGAAAAGGCAGAAUCAACGAGGCGUUCGCCAAUUACGCUCUUCUCGCGGAAAUGGGUUACGAAGUUGCGCAGAGUAACGCUGCCUUUAUACUGGACAAGGGGGAGACUACGAUACUGACAGAAGAAGAAGGUUUGGUCAGAGCACUUGCUCUGUGGUCUAGAGCCGCCGCGCAGGGAUACUCUGCUGCUCAGGUGAAACUGGGAGACGCUCAUUAUUACGGCAGAGGGACGGAAGUCGAUUACGAGGCUGCGGCUAGUCACUACCGACUAGCUCCCGAGACAGCUCAAGCGAUAUUUAAUCUUGGAUACAUGUACGAACGCGGCUUAGGCUUGGCGAGAGACCGAUACUUGGCCAAACGGUGUUACGAUCUUGCUGCGGAGGCCAGCCCGGACGCGAAAAUUCCCGUCGCGUUGGCGCUCAUUAAGCUCUCCUUCCUUUUCGGUUUAGAUUAUCUGCAGGAAUUUAGUCUUGUCGAUCAUCUGAAUAAAUGGGACCAGCUCUUCGGCCAGAACUGGGACUUGUUUCUCAUAGGACUACUGACUGGCAUGCUCAGCAUAAUUAUUUACUUCCGCAGGCCGCAGCCACCACAUCUGCCUGGAAUUAAUUAAUUAAUUUAUUGAUUAAUCGAUUAAUUAAUUAAUUCUUUACUAUUCCUUUUUUGUUUCCAGUCCCUUUCUUUUUCUUUUUUUUUAGACGAAGUCAAAUUUGUUACUGAUGGUUCGUAAAUACACGCACGUGCGUGCAUACCAACACGUUGUUUUCAUUGAACCACCUCAUUCGCACGAAAUCGUUACGAAUUUUAAGGGAACUCUGUACUUCUAAGAUCUUACUUCGGUUUGCGAGAGUGUGCUGAUCCGUGUGUGUGAGUAAUUUGUA